CACUUGUGAGUUGUGAAGGCCGAGAAGCCCAAGAAGCUCUCGAGCCCGAGUCGUGGCUCGUGAGCUCGAGAUGGCAUCCACCUCGCCGGAACUCUCCACGGCCGCCGCCGCCGCUGCAGAGACCGACGGUACCGUCCAAAUCCGUCGCCUGGAGGUGACCGACCACGGGAAGGGCUUCGUGGAGCUCCUCUCCCAGCUCUCGGCCUGCCCGGACCUCACCGCGUCCGAGUUCAACGCGUGCUUCGCGGACCUUGCGGCCCUCGGCGACGACCACGUCAUCCUCGUGGCGGAGGACCUCGCCGCCGCCGCCGCCGCCCCGGAGAGGAGGAUCCUCGCCACGGGGUGCCUCUUCGUCGAGCGCAAGUUCCUGCGCGGCGGCGGGAAGGUCGGGCACGUGGAGGACGUCGUGGUCGACGCCGCCGCGCGCGGCCGAGGGCUCGGGCUCAGCGUCGUGCGUCGCCUCGUGGAGAUCGCCAAGGAGGCCGGGUGCUACAAGGUCAUCCUCGAUUGCACCCCCGAGCUCCGCGCGUACUACGCCAAGUGCGGAUUCGUGGAGAAGGGGGUUCAGAUGGCAAUCUACUUCUAAUCCACAGGGAAAUUGUUGCUUAUGGGCACCAUGCCAAUAUUACACUGAAGUUCCAACUCCAUCUAGAACAGUUCCAAGCCUUGAGUACCACUGGAUUUUUUUACAACAGCUUGUAUCAGUAUGACACUGAAGUUUUAUUGGCCCAUAGAUUCUCCGAGAGGAGCAAAGCUUUGAGAAUGAAAUUGCAGCGACGUGUUCCUACUUUUGUUCGUUCUUCAA